CGUUCUGUUCUCUUCCUUCAUUUGUUUCUUUUCAUCCGAUCUUUUCCCACUUUUAUUUUAACCAAUUAAGAAUUAUUACUAUUAUUUACACCCAAGAAAAGAAAAAAAUUCAAAGUCAAAAGAGAAAGAAACCGAUUUGAUAAUUGAUAUAAUUUUAUUUCAGUGUGUUUAUUUUCAAACUUUCUCUCUUUCUCUUCUCUCACAAGUUUCUAUCACAGUCAUGAGUCUUCUGGCUGUACCGACUCGUCUUUAUCUGGUCUAAAGCUUUGCAUCAGUUUCUCUUCUUUCGCGCCAUUAUUAUAUUUUUUUAUAAUUAAAUUCUUCUCACAACUUUAUUUAUUAUUACCACUUUAACUUAUUUUUCUAAAUCCCCACAAACCGCGUUUUCCAAUGACUUUCCUCACUCCUCACUCUUUAUUUCCUUUUUCUUUUAUUUUUCUUUACCAAAACUAAAAUCGAUCAAAAUCAGAUGUCUCUCACUUUUUCAUUUCUUCCAAUCUUUAUAUAAAUUUUAUUUUAAUUUCUCUCUAUUCAAAGAUCAAAAAACUUAAAUUAAGUAAAAUAAAAUGGCUGAAAAUGGCGAAGAAAAAUGGUUAGCUGUGGCGCGGCACAUAGCCAAGACGCUGGGCCGGAACGACACCAUGGCCGACGAUAUUUUGCAGAUAUUUUCCAACUUCGACGGAAGGUUUUCUCGCGAGAAAUUGUCUGAGAAGAUCGGCGAUGACGAUUCCAGUGCCUGCGCCGCACUCGAACACGUUAUCAAGUCUCUUGAGCGCCAGAUCUCUCAGUACGUCGCUGCCGACCAUCCCAUCUGGCUCGACUCAGCCGACUCCUCUGCGUUUCUCGAAGCUGUGGACGAGCUCAUCGCUACCGUUAAGGAUUGGAGUCCCAUGGGUGGGGACAAGACCAUUGCCGCGUGUCUUUUACGCGCUGAUGAUCUGGUCCAGCAGGCUAUGUUUAGGAUUGUGGACGAGUUUAGGUCGCUCAUGGAACGCGGCGGUGAGUCGCUCGAGUUGAGCCGUGGGUACGGGAACGGUGAGUCAGCCGGGAACUUGUCGUGUGAUUCGGAGGACGAAGAGGAAGAUGAUACGGACGUGGGUGUUAAUGGGGUUGAAGACCAGAUUCCUACUGCCAGGCCGAUUGGAGACUAUGAUAUCGUUAUUGACGCGCUGCCUUCCGGUAUAAUUAACGAUCUCCAGGAGAUGGCGAAGCGGAUGGUGGCGGCUGGGUUUGGGAAAGAAUGUUCGCAUGUGUACAGCAGUUGUCGGAGAGAGUUCCUCGAAGAGAGUCUAUCUAGGUUAGGGUUAAAGAAGUUGAGCAUUGAAGAUGUUCACAAGAUGCCGUGGCAGGACCUCGAGGACGAAAUUGAACGGUGGAUAAAGGCUGCAAACGUUUCGCUUCGGAUUCUUUAUCCAAGCGAGCGACGUUUGUGUGAUCGAGUCUUCGCCGGAUUUUCGUCUGCCGCUGACCUCUCAUUCAUGGAGGUUUGCCGGGGAUCCACGAUUCAACUACUGAACUUCGCGGACGCAGUAGCAAUUGGAUCUCGAUCACCUGAGCGACUCUUCAAAAUUCUAGACGUGUUCGAGACGUUGAGAGACUUACUGCCUGAGUUCGAGUCUGUGUUCUCUGAUCAGUACUGUUUGUUUCUCAGAAACGAGGCGGUCACAAUCUGGAAGAGGUUAGGGGAAGCAAUUAGAGGAAUUUUCAUGGAAUUGGAGAAUUUGAUAAGUCGUGACCCAGCAAAAGUUCCCGUUCCCGGCGGCGGCCUUCACCCUAUUACUCGCUACGUGAUGAAUUAUCUCCGUGCCGCGUGUCGAUCGCGCCAGUCUCUCGAGCAAGUGUUCGAGGAGAACGCAGCGGCGAUGCCACCGUUGUCGAAGCUGGAAGACCGAGCUUCAUCAUCGUCACUUUCAGUCCAAAUGGCCUGGAUUAUGGAGCUUCUGGAGAGCAAUCUAGAAGCCAAGUCGAAGAUUUACAAGGACCCUGCUUUAUGCUCCGUGUUUAUGAUGAACAACGGAAGAUACAUUGUUCAGAAGGUGAGAGAUAGUGAAUUGGGUUCACUUUUAGGCGACGAUUGGAUUCGAAAACACACUGCUAAAGUUCGGCAAUUCCAUACGAAUUACCAGCGAAGCUCAUGGAAUAAGGUUUUGGGGUUGCUUAAGAUGGAUCCUUCAGUAGCGCCUAAUGUGGCUGCAAGGUCCAUGAAAGAAAAGCUUAAGUUAUUUAACCAGAACUUUGAGGAGAUUUGUAAGAACCAAUAUACAUGGAUCAUUUUCGACGAGCAAUUAAAAGAGGAGUUGAAAAUUUCAAUCAAUAAACUUCUGUUACCACCUUACCAAAGCUUCAUUGGAAGGUUUCAGAAUGUUCCUGAACUUGGUAGAAACGCAGAGAAACAUAUUAAGUAUGAUGUCGAAGAUAUAGAAGGACGAAUUAAUGAAUUAUUCAGAGGAAAUGGAGGAUCAAACGGUGGUGGCCGGAAGUAAGAGGUAAUAAUUUUACUUCUGGUAGUUUGUAUGUGUAAUUAAAGGUCAAUGUUUACAAACUUCUUCCCCCUUUUGUAUCUUGUUAGAUGAGAUAUAGCAAAGUAUUUUUCUUUUUUCUUUUUGGGAGUGAAAAUCAUAGAUUUGGAUGAUAGUUCAGUUGAAACCAUAGGAAUCAUUUUUGAAGCUAGUAUGUUUUGAGGGAGAAUGUUUAUUAAAAAGAAAUUUUCUGUACAAUUAAUGGGUACUGCUCUAUGUAGCAAAAAAAAUUGGAUUGGAAUUAGUUACGAGUUCUACUGUUUGGUAUUCCAAAUGCAUGUGUAGCUUUUCUGGUUGUAGUAGUAAAUGAUUAUGUUAGAAGAUCAAGUGAGCUACACUUUAAAUUCUGGUUUUACAAUGAAUGAAAAAUGUCUAUAGAGUAAGAAAUCUCGAUGGCGAGACUAUGAUUUAGAAGAGAAGCUUCUUGUACAAAGUUUACUGCUGAAUUAAUAAGAUUUCAAAUCCUGGGGUUUAUUCACAA